AAAUAAAUUUCUGCUUUCGCCAUACUUUCUUUUCUUGAGGUCCACUAUUGAAAUCUGUCAUCUGCUCUGAAAAUUUUCCUUUUUCUCUUUUCCCCUUUUCCGGUUACCGCUCGACAAAUCUAUUCCUAUCUUCUGUCGCUAAAUUUUAUCGUGUAUACGUCAACUAUCAGUAGCUGUAUAGUUCUCAGCUGUAAGUUGUAUUUUUCUGCCUCUGCGCCUCGAUCGGUGUUUCUGCGCGGCGCCGGCGCCGGAGGCGGAAUUUCGAGCAUCGACUGCGGGAGUUGGAGUAAGGGAGAUGGCGAAACGCGGAUAUAAGCUGCAGGAAUUUGUCGCACAUGCGGGGAAUGUAAAUUGUUUGAGCUUUGGGAAAAAGAAUUGCCGCGUAUUUAUUACAGGUGGAGAUGAUCAGAAAGUGAAUCUUUGGUCCGUUGGCAAACCCACAUCUCUAAUGAGCCUGUGUGGUCACACUAGUCCGGUUGAGUCUGCAGCCUUUGAUUCAGCAGAAGUUUUAGUGGUAGCUGGAUCUUCUUCUGGGGCCAUAAAAUUGUGGGAUCUGGAAGAAACUAAAAUGGUUCGCACUCUUACCGGGCACAGAUCCUAUUGCACUGCCGUUGAGUUUCACCCAUUUGGUGAGUUUUUUGCAUCUGGUUCCAUGGAUACUAAUCUAAAGAUAUGGGAUAUCAGAAAGAAAGGGUGCAUCCACACAUAUAAGGGCCAUACUCGAGGGAUCAGUACAAUAAGAUUCACUCCUGAUGGUCGCUGGGUAGUGUCUGGUGGAUUUGAUAAUGUUGUAAAGGUGUGGGACCUGACUGCUGGAAAGCUUUUGCAUGAUUUCAAGUUCCAUGAAGGACAUAUUCGUACCAUAGAAUUUCAUCCGCUUGAGUUUCUUUUAGCAACAGGUUCAGCAGACAAAACAGUGAAAUUCUGGGAUCUGGAGACAUUUGAGAUGAUUGGAUCUGCCAGGCGUGAGGCUGCAGGAGUGAGAUCUAUUGCCUUUCACCCUGAUGGUAGAACCCUUUUUUGUGGACUUGAUGAUAGCUUAAAGGUUUACUCGUGGGAGCCUGUAGUUUGCCAUGAUUCAGUUGAUAUGGGAUGGUCAACACUUGGUGAUCUAUGCAUUCAAGAUGGGAAACUUUUAGGCGGCGCUUAUUAUGAAAACUCCGUUGCAGUUUGGAUAGCAGAUGUUUCGCUUAUGGAGCCUUAUGGUACAAGAUUGGCUCCGGAGCAGCAUGGCCACUCUGAGCUGAAACAUGAGAGUGAGGGAAGUCCUUUGGAGAAGGAAGAAAGCCAUGUAAAGUCAAAGUCCAAUCUUAAGUCUACAGAGCUAGAUAGUGAGUCUAAGGACAUCAAAACUAUCUAUGUUGACCCUGCAGGUGUAAAUUCUGUCAGUUCCAAGACGACUGACCCAGUUGAAGUUCCUAAGGUUGUACAGCCAUCUGAUUCCAGCCAAAUCAGCACUAUUGGAGUUCAGAAGCGGAAUCCUAGAUCAAGUUCUCCUCCAUCUGAUUCCAGCCAAACCAGUACUAUUGGAGUUCAGAAGCGGAAUCCUAGAUCAAGUUCGCCUCCAUCUGAUUCCAGCCAAAUCAGCACUAUUGGAGUUCAGAAGCGGAAUCCUAGAUCAAGUUCGCCUCCAUCUGAUUCCAGCCAAAUCAGCACUAUUGGAGUUCAGAAGCGGAAUCCUAGAUCAAGUUCGCCUCCAUCUGAUUCCAAGGAAAUCAGCAGCAUUAGGAUUCAGAAGCACAGUUCUCCAGCAACUUUGCCUCCAUCUGAAUCCAAGGAAAUUAGCACUAUUGGAAAGCGUGGUCCUGCAGUUAGCUUGCAAGCAAAAGUUAAUGUGCCAUCUGUUAAUAGAUCUAUUAUCAUGCCAAGCAUAGUACCACGAGAUGGCCCUGGAAAAGAUUCGAUUGGGUCUAGAAGGGAAUCCAUUGCCUUGGCUAAGGCCAGCAGUGGCAUGAAUUCUAAGCCACCUCACACACGGAGGCAGUCAAGCAGUAGGUUAGAUAUGGAAAGAAUGUCAGUGUCCCUUGAAUCUCUGCCCCCUGAUAAUGUGAAAAAACCUGUUGUUAGUAGAAAGGAUCCAAGCCUUCGUAAUAGGCUGUUCGCUGAUGCAAAUGCUAAGGACUCUUCUGAGGAGAAACAAUCAAAUAUAGAUACUGUUGUCGAAAAGCCUGACAGAACUUCAUUGCCAGCCACAACAUCAAGUGCUCAGGCUCUUGAUUCCAGCAAAGGGGCGAAUUCCGUUAAAGUUGUCAAUGGAGUGGCAGUUGUGCAUGGAAGGACUCGCAGUUUGGUUGAGAGGUUUGAAGGAAAGGAAAAAAUUGAUGUGGGUGACAAUUGCACCUCUGAUAAGGCUCAUGGCGUUGUUUUUGAGCCUGCGGAAACUCCCUCCCCCCAGGUUGUUGACCAGAAAAUUGAUGUGAGAAUGGAGCCUACUUUGGAUGAUAAUAAUGUCCUCGAGAAUCUUAUGCAGAGUCAUGAUGUGCUAUUGAGUACAUUCCGGUCCAGGCUGACAAAGCUACAGGUGGUGCGACACUUUUGGGAAAGGAAUGAUGUUAAGGGUGCUAUAAAUGCUGUGAAGAGACUGCCUGACCUUUCUGUACAGGCAGAUGUAGUUGGUGUUCUCAUUGAGAGGAUGGAGGUUAUUACAUUGGACCUAUUUUCUAGCUUGCUUCCUGUGCUUUUAGGAUUAUUGGAAAGCAAAGCAGAAAGGCAUGCUAGUCUUUCUUUGGAAGUGCUUCUGAAGCUGGUAGCAGUCUUUGGCACAGUAGUUCGUACAACCGUUUCAGCACCUCGUUCAGUUGGCGUUGAUCUUCAUGCAGAGGAGAGACUUGAAUGUUGCAGACAGUGUUUUGCACAUCUCCAGAACGUACAGAACAUCCUUCCGGAACUUGUGAAGAGGGGAGGUGGCUUAGCAAGAUAUGCACAACAACUGAACAUGGUUCUCCAACAAACAUAGUGUCUAUAUUCAACUGGAUGAAGGAAAAGAAGAGUUAUAGUUAGCUCGUUUGCCAAUUCACAAGAAUCUAAGAAUUCUUUGAGAUACAUGGCUUUUUGCAGUGGGCAUGUGGCAGUUUUUUGGUGCUAAUCUCCAUUUUCCCCAUGGGCCUUUCUGGUGCUGUUAAUCCUCUUUGUCCAGCUCCUCUGUAAUUAAUUAUGUGCAGUGGUAUAUAUAUAAAAUAUAGGAGCUGCAAGCUGUAGAUGUUAAAUGAGAUCCAAGAUAAAAUCUAUAGUGGAAUACUCAGUUUUGGACACUUGAUCUAUUCCUACAUAUUAAAGAUCCCAACUUUUUCCUGA